AUGAACAUAGGCCUAUCAGGAUCGAGCGAGUCAGCAACCCUGUGUUAUGAUACUUUGAACAACUCCUGUGCUCGGACAGUGUACCCGCUCCCCUUUCGUCUUUCUUUAUACUUCCUCUUCACCACUAUUGUCAUCCUUACUGUAAGCGGUAACAUGUUAGUGACCUUUGUCCUGUUGUUUUCCCAGAAUCCCCUUCUGGCAGCAACCAAUCAUCUGAUUCUUUCUCUGUCUGUGGCUGGGUUUUUGAUAGGAGGAUUUGUGAUGCCACACAGCAUGGUGCGCUCCAUUGAAACCUGCUGGUACUUUGGUCAGACUUUCUGUGAAAUUCACACCACAGUUGAUGUUGUCCUGUGUAACGCCUCUAUGUGGCAUCUUACAUUUAUCUCUGUUGAUCGCUACAUAGCCAUCUUUUAUCCUCUGCACUACCGAAACCUGAUGACUCAAACGACCGGUGUGGCCAUGAUCAGUUUCAGCUGGGGUCUUGGGUUAGUGUUUGGCUUUGCCAUCGUCAUUUCAGAUCCUGAAGUCAAAAUCCGGGAUGAAUAUCACAAAUUCUGUGUGGGAGGAUGUUUUUCUUUGCAUGCCAGAGAAAUUGGGGUAGAAUACUCUAUUAUUUUCUACUUUAUCCCUGUAUGUAUCAUAAUCACUGCCUAUGGCAGGAUAUUUUUUUUAGCACAAAGACAUUCAAAAGUGACUCAUACCUACAAUAAAGGCCCAACGAUUUCUGCAUCACUGUCAGCUAAAGGUCUCAAAACUACCAAAACCCUUGCUAUAGUUGUUGGAACUUUCCUUUUUUGCUGGACACCAUUUUUUUUGUGCAAUAUUAUUGACCCAAUAAUAGGCCAUUCAAUUAACACCCUUUUGUAUGAAUCUCUCAUGUGGGUUGCAUACUUAAAUGCAAUGUUUAGUCCUUUAAUUUAUGCAUUUUUUUAUAGCUGGUUUAGAAAAACAGCAAAGGUCCUGCUGAGCAAACUGUUCAUGCGUAUGUAA